UUAUAUCCUCUUUUGUCUCACCAAGCUCUCUGAUUGGGUGAGAGUGUGAGAAACUCCAGCCAGUCCGAGACCCACACAUUCAUAUGGAGAUGUGGGACUAUAAAUAGGAGGGAUGAAGCCAGCAGAGAUCAGAUUCUCUCUACAGAGACCUCUACAGCACAGAGAUCCAGCUAUGGCACCUACAAUCACUGCAGCAAUGACCAACUCUCAGGACCAUCUGACUCUGACCCACAAGCUCAGAAAGCCUCUGGUGGAGAAGUUACGCAGAGAACGAAUCAACAGCAGCAUUGAGCAGCUCAAGUCUCUCCUGGGUCCAGAGUUCGUCAAACAGCAGCCAGACUCCAAGCUGGAGAAAGCAGACAUCCUGGAGAUGACAGUUUGCUUCCUGACACAGCUGCAGCAGCAGAAUCAACAGCAAGGAAGACUGCUGAACCACUUCAACAAGCUGCAGUCUUCCUCUGAUAAGAACCUGAGAGAGGCUGACUUCUCUCCUCUGAGCUCCACAGUCCAGACCCAGACCAGCAUCACCAAAGAGAAGAGUCCAGUCAACAGCGCCCUCUGGAGGCCGUGGUAGACUCAUACAGAGUGGAGACA